UUCCUCUGCCUUGCCACCCUUUUUAACCCCUCAACACAAUUGCCCUCUCCCAUUCGCAGCUCUCUCAAGUCUCAACCACCACCGAAUUCCCAUACUUCAUUUUAAACAAACAAAACUGAGAGAGCUUCUCCCCUGCCAAUUCUUCAUUUCUUCAUUUAUACACUUGCUCUAAUCUCUCAAACAAUGGAUUCUUCAUCAUCAUCAUCAUCUUCAGGUCCCUCACCUCUCGAUCUCAUGUCGGCUUUAAUCAAGGCCAAAAUGGACCCUUCCAACGCUUCCUCCGAUUCUGCUGCUCAAGUAACCACCGUCCUUUUCGGGAACAGAGAGUUCAUUAUGAUUUUAACUACCUCCAUCGCUGUGCUCAUCGGCUGCGUCGUCAUUUUGAUCUGGCGUAGAUCAUCUUCUCAAAAGCCUAAAGAAAUCCAGCUUCCUCUUAAGCCUUCGAUUAUUAAAGAACCAGAACUUGAAGUCGAUGAUGGCAAGAAAAAAGUCACCAUCCUCUUCGGUACUCAAACCGGCACCUCCGAAGGCUUCGCUAAGGCUCUAGUCGAGGAGGCAAAAGCACGCUAUGAAAAGGCGACUUUUAAUAUUGUAGAUUUGGAUGAUUAUGCGGCAGAUGAUGAAGAAUACGAGGAGAAGAUGAAGAAAGAGAGUUUGGCUUUCUUCUUCUUGGCCACUUAUGGAGACGGUGAGCCAACAGAUAAUGCAGCCAGGUUCUAUAAAUGGUUCACUGAGGGAAAAGAGAGGGGAGAAUGGCUUCAGAACAUGAAGUAUGGGAUUUUCGGCCUUGGUAACAAACAGUAUGAACAUUUUAACAAGGUUGCAAAGGUGGUUGAUGAACUCCUUACCGAGCAGGGAGCAAAGCGCAUAGUUCCUUUGGGUCUUGGAGAUGAUGACCAAUGCAUAGAAGAUGACUUCACUGCAUGGCGUGAAUUAGUGUGGCCCGAGUUAGAUCAGCUUCUGCGUGAUGAAGAUGAUGCAACUGUUUCUACCCCGUACACUGCUGCUGUUUUGGAAUACCGUGUUGUAUUUUAUGAUCCUGCAGAUGCACCCCUUGAGGAUAAGAACUGGAGUAAUGCAAAUGGUCAUGCUACUUAUGAUGCUCAACAUCCUUGCAGGUCUAAUGUGGCUGUGAGGAAGGAGCUUCAUGCUCCUGAAUCUGAUCGGUCUUGCACCCACCUUGAAUUUGACAUUGCUGGAACUGGACUUUCAUACGAGACAGGCGAUCAUGUCGGUGUUUACUGUGAGAACCUGGAUGAAGUUGUAGAUGAAGCAUUGAGUUUACUGGGCUUAUCACCAGACACUUAUUUCUCUGUUCACACUGAUAAAGAGGAUGGUACACCACUUGGUGGAAGUUCUUUACCUUCUUCUUUCCCCCCUUGUACUCUGAGAACAGCACUGGCACGAUAUGCUGAUCUUUUGAGCUCGCCAAAAAAGGCUGCCUUACUUGCUUUGGCUGCUCAUGCCUCUGAUCCAACUGAAGCCGAUCGACUAAGACACCUUGCAUCACCUGCUGGAAAGGAUGAGUAUGCUCAAUGGAUUGUUGCAAACCAGAGAAGUCUCCUUGAGGUCAUGGCGGAAUUUCCUUCAGCCAAGCCUCCACUUGGUGUUUUCUUUGCAGCUGUUGCUCCAAGGUUGCAGCCUAGAUAUUAUUCGAUCUCAUCCUCACCAAGGUUGGCACCAUCAAGGAUUCAUGUAACUUGUGCAUUGGUUUAUGAGAAAACGCCAACAGGUCGUAUUCACAAAGGUGUUUGUUCAACUUGGAUGAAGAAUGCUGUGUCCUCGGGGAAAAGCGAUGACUGCAGCUGGGCACCCAUUUUUGUCAGGCAAUCAAACUUUAAACUUCCUUCAGAUGCUAAAGUGCCCAUCAUAAUGAUUGGCCCUGGUACUGGAUUGGCUCCUUUCAGGGGAUUCCUUCAGGAAAGGCUUGCACUGAAAGAAGCUGGUGCUGAGUUGGGUCCAUCUGUAUUGUUCUUUGGCUGCAGAAACCGGAAAAUGGAUUUCAUAUAUGAAGAUGAGCUCAACAACUUUGUCAACAGUGGUGCACUAUCUGAGCUUGUGGUUGCCUUUUCACGUGAGGGACCUACCAAGGAAUAUGUGCAACAUAAAAUGAUGGAGAAGGCCAAGGACAUAUGGGACAUGAUUUCUCAGGGAGGUUACCUGUAUGUGUGUGGUGAUGCCAAGGGCAUGGCUAGAGAUGUCCAUCGAGCUCUUCACACUAUUUUGCAAGAGCAGGGAUCACUAGACAGCUCAAAGGCUGAGAGCAUGGUGAAAAAUCUGCAAAUGAGCGGCAGGUACCUACGCGAUGUAUGGUGAUGAUUACUAUGAAAGAAACUUUCUAAAAAUAUACGGCGGUCAAAAGGAAACUUGCGAGAAGGGUUAAAUGGGUGGAAUUGAAUUUAUUUUGUAUCAAAGUUAAGAAGUGUUGUGAUUCUUUUUUUUAUAUAUAUAUUUUAGUGUCGGGAUAAUUUUGGAUGAUAUGAUGUAAUAUUUUAAUGUAGAAGACAAUGUAAUAUAAUAGGGAAGGUAGAGUAAUGGUAUUGGAGUUUGUCUUUUAUAAGAAAGAACCGGCAACUCGGUUCAAAUGACAAGCAGCAAGUGUUGCUUGCCACUCCGAAAUGUUACUCGAACUCUUCCUAUAUACUGGUAAUAUAUGUUUUAAGUUUGGAAUCUCA